AUAGUCCCUGAUGACCUCACAGCAUGUGUAGAAGAAUAUUUUCAAGUACCAGAUACGAAAGAUGCGAGCAAAUCCUCAAAAACUACUGCUCUGGAGAAAAGCUACAAAGAAAAUUUUCAAUGUAAUUCAACAGAGGAAUCCUUGGCUACAUUCGCUAGCUGGGAACCUCGCCAUUCGAGAUAUUGUUAUCCUUGGAAGCAAUAUGUGCAUUUGGGAACUGUUCUAAGGCGUCUAGCAUACACUGCUUUUGCUUUACAUGGUUGUUUAGAAUCUCAUGUUCAGGCUCCUCAGACGGUUCGAGCGUUGUUUAAAGAACCUUGCGAACACGUGGCAGAAGAAAUAGUAAAAGUCCUUUCGGAACUAGCAGAAACCAUAAAGAAGCAUCACCAUUUCUCAGCCCACAUUUCAGAUCACCUUCAUGAAGCUCUGGAAGAACUUGAUGCCUCCAUUAAGACUCAACCUCAGCUCUUUCUCACUUCCAACCCAACAAAAACUGAAGCAGCCAAGCCUUCUGGAUUUUUGGGUCGCAAAUACAGGGGCCAGAACAGCUGAAGAUAAUGAACAGAACGACUAAUAAGACUGAUCACACGACUUGAAUUCUCUGAGGCACUUCCAUUUUCCGCUUUUGUUUCGCUGCUGAUUGAGACCGUGGCUCGGCUUGACCUUGUGAUAGAAGAAGUGGAAGAGUUGGCGUAGGUUGCGCAUUUUAAGGAGUUCCAUGAAGAAGAUGACAGCAUAGAAAUCAAGGUUGAUGAGGGUUCCAGUGAAAAUCCCGAGGGCUGCAAAGAUAUCCAGAUACUGACAGGCAAUCUGGUUACUGAAAAUUUGCAAUUUCUGCUGUCAAAGCUGAACAGGAGUGACAAAUAAAUUUGUUGCUAUUGGGUUAAAUAGCAGCUUUGUCACAUUUUUUGCUACAUAAUCUCAAAUCUAAAGACACUUUCAACCGA